CAGCGCCACACCCAAAAGCGAAGGAGAUACGACAUCAUCGCCAGCCAGCCAUCGCGUUCACAUCUUACAUCUUCACCGUCCGUUUUGCAGGCUCAUCGCAUCGCUACCGUGGGCCCCAUCUUUUGCUGUCCUAUUGCAAAAGAAUCACUGGUCACGGUACAUACACCCGCUUGUCGACACAUCCACUUCACUCCCAGCAUCUCUGUCCAUGAUGUCGAUCCACAAGCCAUCCACGUUCAUUGGGGUAUGGUUCCUCAUUUCCUCCCUCAUCGUAUGCUGGGACACUGGGUACAUUCUCCUGCGCCCGCGCUCGAUGAAGGGUGGAGACCUGCACUGGAUCUGGGCACCCUACGAGCUGUAUGGAACGAUCGACUACAUCUAUGGCCCAACGGCCUGGAACGCAAUGGACGGUUUCCCGAAAGCGCAAAGCGUGAUGAACAUUGCGGAGACCAUCCUUAACUUCUUGUACCUCUACCUCGCGUACGUCGACAAAUCCCUCGAGGCACUAUGCAUUGCACCCGUCAUCGGGUUUACCGCCGUCAUCAUGACCGCUUCCAAGACAGUCCUCUAUCUGUUCAAUGACUGGUUCUGCGGCCCAUCAGGGUGGUGCAAGACGGGGCACAACGACUGGAAGACAUACAUCUUCCUCUGGUUCAUUCCGAACACUCCUUGGAUCUUCGUUCCCACCACCAUCGCCUACCUUCUCGGCCGCGAGAUCGUUGCCAACCUCACCAUCGCCGGCAAGGUCACGCAGGGCGGCGCGAGGGGUGCGGCGGCCAGAAAGUCAAAGUCACACUGAGCGAGCGUGGUGCCCAGCCAGGUAUGUAUACUGCAAUGCAGAGGCGCGGCGCACAGCGCACACAAGCCCAAUAGGAACCUGUUCCUCUACGAAUCCGAUCGAACCAAUACUCUUAAAUGUACAUCGCUAGAGCAGCGGAGGAACGCAACGAAUGUGCAGCCGGCAAGCCGCCAAAAAUGUGAGCCGAAUGCUUCGAUACCCUGAAGGCCUUGCAGUUCGAAGAGAAGUCGUAUGUAUGCACCCUGCCUUGAAAGGCGGUAGACAGGCCCUAAUUGCAAAGAGGAAAACGCACAAAACGAAGCAAUACACGAACGCAGCUGCUGCUGGCGCUGGAGGGUCCGAGCAGGGCUAUGAUGAUAUCUACAUAGGCAAAGGGGGCCCUCAGUCAGCCUUGACGCCGUUGGUCUUGGGGGCAUGCGCGUUGCUGCGCGCCGGUCCGCCGAGCGCCUUGAGCACGUUGAUUUUUCGGGGAAAGUGCGG